AUGUCCGAUCCGAGACUGAUUGACAUGGAGCCUGGCGGCGAGAGUACUCAAUACGAGUCAAUUCGAGAAUUCAUGGUCACGCCUGCAAAGCAGACUGGUCAACUGGGAGUAGGCCAACCGCACACUAAAAGUAUAACGACAGCCGUCCCAGAUGGGACAGACUCCCCCGCCUCCGGAGAAGAAGACAAACAAGCGCAAAGACUGGGAAUGGGCACCGUUGAGCCCAAUAAAGGAAAUCUGGACCUCGACAAUGCAGAGGAUGCAGCAGCCGCGAAGACAAGGAGACAACAGGGGUAUGGGCCCGGCUCCGGGGUUGGGGCUUAG